AUGUUUCGAUCAGUGACCAAAGGAAACAGCUGUGACGGCGCUGCUGACCGCUUCCUGGAGGAUGAUGGGCUUUCAGUUCUCACAGCAUUCAGCCUAAUAGUGGCUCAAGCAGACACCAUGUAUUUGGAUCUACCAGUCCAGCAAUUUACUACUUUUGGUUGGAGUUCAUUUCGGGAAAACAGAGAUCCACAACAAGCUUUUCGAUCAUGGCUUAAAAAAAAGCAUGAAGAACAGAUGAAAGAAAGAAAGGCAGAAGAACUAAGAAAGCAAGAGGAAUGCUUAUUCUUCCUUAUAGGAACAGAAGGCCGUGAAAGGGCCUUUAAACAAUGGCUGAGAAGGAAACGGAUAGAAAAAAUAGAAGAGCAACAAGCUGUUAAAGAGAGAGCUAGACAGCUCCGACUGGAAGCAAAGCGUUCUAAACAGUUACAGAACCACCUUUGUAUGUCAGAAGCCAAAUCUUUUCGUUUUACCGAUCAUUAUAACUGAAGGUAUCUAUUAAAUACUUCAUUUGGCAGCUGCAAUCAUUAAAAUUUUUGAUAUCAUUUCUUCUGCGUGCUUUGAUCUUACUCUAAAUUAUGGAAAUGGUAUUUAUGUUUUGGUGAUGUUGACAGUAAAUUUAUGUUUUUUUUUUUAACACUAGAAUGAAAUAAAUUUCUUCUCUCAUAGUA